GAAGUUGAGGCCCUUGACCAGCAGAGAUCUAGCGGGUCACGUAAUUGCGAGGCGAAGCUCGAGGGGCCAGCCGGAACUUGAGUCACUUCUGGAUGACGCGGUAGGCAGAUCGAGCUCCCGCUGAACAUAUGCAAUUAUAUAGACGUCGCCGGGAACCUGAGCGCUGAAGCGCAGUUGGCAGUUCAGUCGUCCCCCAGUCAGACGAAGACGAACGUCUAAUUCUCACAUCGAACUGAGUGCUAGACGAUGCCCUGAGUGCUACUGCUUUCCCACGCACGCUACAACACAUAUCUCAAAGAACGCUACCUGUAUUUGCCUCAAUACCACAUUAGACAGCUUGCUUCAGUUGAGUUGCCCCGGCAGCACGCUUGAGCAAAUGGCAGAGCCGGUAGAGCGUGUGCUCAAGCGAUUAUCCAGCUUCGAGCUUAAACGCACGUCGGGGGCGUCGGUUGACGAGGCGCGCGACAAGGUGCAGCUGGACCAUGUCAGCGUCAGUCGCACGGAGGCAUGCGACGUCAGCCCGUUUCACCCAGCUGAAGCUCCUCAACUAGAGCCAAAGGCUCAGCUGCCGGAGCAGGGUGUGUGGGAGCGCCGUGUGCGAGCCCGAAUUAGCGAACGCGUCAAUUCGCACCUGGUGUCCAAUGGCCCCAGCGAUGCCGAGCCUGCACGCCCCGCGUGCGGCGAUGCUGGAUUUACAGCAAUGAGUCCGCUCAGCGGGUUGUCGGGCGCAGAGCUUGAGGCAAAAAUGGACUUACUACUGGACACGGAGCGGCAGCUUCUGACGGAACUGCGCACGCUGCGUAGCGAGUUCAAUAAGAAAGUUCUGGAUCUCAAGCUCGCUAUGCCGCAGCGCGUGUGCCUGCCUGACCCGCCCACCGCACUGCAGCUCCGACAGCCCUUCGCUGGUGUGGAUGGACUCGGCAAGGCACACGCAGCAGCCACCGCUCGUCACCAGCUAGCCCACAGGCCUGCAGUGGCCGCUGCUCUGCCUUCGCAGCACCAGCGGCCGGGCCAUCCGUCCAACGGCGCGGCCCCGUUCGUCAGUGGCGAGGGCGCCUGGCCCGCGCUGCAGUCGGUCGCCGCGGCCGCCAGCGCCGCCGUGGCAUCAGCUAACGGCGGCUGGAUGCCGCCGCCACCCCCGCGCGGGCGCGCCGUGCCGCGGCUCCCAGUGCACGUGGGCGCGCUGCUGCCGGCUCAGAUGCAGCUGCAGCCGCAGCGCCUGCCGCAGCAGCACGGCCAGCGGCAACACAGCCAGCAGCAGCAGCAGCAGCAAUACCGGCAGCUGCUGCAACUGCAGCAAGCCAUCCAGCUGCAGCGUGCAGCGGCGAUGGCGGCGGCCGGUCGUGCGGCGCGGGCCUCUGGCGACGGUGACGUCAUUGGCGGGGUGGUGGUGCGGCGCCGCAGCGGCACGCGCCCCUGCUAAGCCCUAAGGUGGCGCUACACCUGUGUGUGUGUUAUGGCUGGACCGGCGGCCGCAUGGAAGGUGGAUUGCGCUGGGCUGUACUUGUGGCCUUGCCUGGAUAGCCUUGCCGGAUCCAGAGUCCCGCGAAAAGCAUAAACAUGGCAUGUUUUGGAGGUUGUGUUGUGUUGUGUUGUGUUGAAUGCAAGCGAAUGAACGCGGAAACCAGCAUCAGUCGUCAUGGCGACGGCCACGGCCUUUAGCGGCGGCAUGGGCAGGGCUUGGCCGUUGACCGUACGUAGGGUGUCGUGUUAGCGCAAGCACUCCGGCAAUGCAUUGAAAGGAUGAUCAUUACGUCGCGUGUGAACCAGCACCAGCUGCGGGCUUGUGAGAGGAGAUAAACUGUCAAGAGAAUGCAAGGUAGCAGGCGUUAUGUGAUUUUGUGCUGCUGUCAUUGGCUACAGUGCCGCAUCUCUACACGUGCAUCACAGCAGCCGGAUAUGGAUUUGGAAGAUAUCAAACACAUGCUUCUGUGAGGGGGGGGGGGUACAAGCAUGAAGGGAUUGCGUAAUUGCUGGUUUGAUUUCCACUCCUAGGUCGCAGCGUUUUGAUGCCCGCAGAUGCAUGCAGUCAGCUAGGCACGAGCAGAUGAGCUGUGCAAGGGGUUCACAUGCCCGAGUCCAACGAAUGGUCCCGAUUGCCAAGGGAUCAAAGGGGUUGACCAAGAUGGGAUGAAGGCGAUGCGCAGCCUGAGCUGUGUUUGGACUAGAGCUGGAGUCGGCUUGACAGCUUGGGAGUUCCGGUCUCCAAAUACAUGAGUCGUGCAAACUCUCGCGUACAUAGGCCAGCAAGCACAUACUGAAUCUUGAAGGUGCUCCUUCGGGCCCGGAUGUCAACCGGGUCCCUCGCCAUUCUUAUUGCUACUUACCUGUAGAAGAAUGCGCGCAUGGCACGGGCCAUAGGCGGUGUCCAUAGCGUCGAGUGCUAGCUGGCGCGUGGCGCUUUGAGGACGGGGGAAGGAUGCGGUGGCGUACAUAAGUAAGAGGUACGAACCUGGCACAGUUAUGCGAGAGGACCUUUGCCGUAAUGUGUGUGCAUAUGGGAUACCUUGUUGCGGUGCACGGCAAUCCUGUAUAUAGUGGUAGGUACAGAUCUCACCCAGGCGUGAGGGUGUUGGAGGCCGCAAACUGCAAGCAGCCCUUGGCACGACAGCUGUGGCAGGCAACGGGGAUGGUGCCGGGUGGUGCUGCUGCAAGUGAAAGCGCGAUAACAGGAACAGCGUGGGGGUGGGCGCGCGGGGGAUGGCAGUUAGGCAGGGGGGUGCCCCUACAUCUGGCGUACCUGCUGCAGUCAGGAAGGGGCGGAUGCAGACCGUGUUGUAACGGUAUACAUAA